UACGGGGCGGCCCGCGAGGACUUCCCCUACGAGCGCCGGCCGCAGUCCCAGGCGAACAUCCCCAGCGACCAGGGCGACUUUUACUACAUGGGGGCUUUUUUCGGGGGGUCGGUGGCCGAGGUUCUGCGGCUCACCUCGGCCUGUCACCAGGCGAUGGUGGCCGACGAGGCCUAUGGCAUUGAGGCCUUGUGGCACGAUGAGAGCCACCUGAACAGGUACCUGCUGGACCACAAGCCCAGCAAGGUGCUGUCCCCCGAGUACCUGUGGGACCAGCAGCUGCUGGGCUGGCCCGCCGUCAUGAAGAAGCUGCGCUUCGUGGCCGUGCCCAAGAACCAUGCAAAGAUCCGGAACUGAUGUGCUGGGGGGUGGGGGGGGGGCAGGAGCUCUCCGUGCCCAGCGCGGUUGGCCUUCACAGGUCUUCUGCUGGGAAAGGGAUCACCCAAAGAUCUGAUGGCAGAUGAGUCCCUGUGCCUCAGUUUCCUCUUCUGGAGAGACUCCCGCCACUCACCAAGCACACCCGGUCCUGUUUUUUCAUCUCUCCCUAAUCCUGCCCUGUAUUUAAGCUCAGCUCUCCCUUCGUGGUGCCGACAAGGUCCCCCUCCCCAGCAAGGCUUCUUCGUCUCUCCCUCCUGCCAUUGAGCCGCUCUGCAGCUCUAGAAAGCACUAAGUGUAUUCCUUCUGUUAGAUCUGCCAUUCUGCUCGCAUUUCCAACGUGUCUUGCCCAUUACAGUGUGAGCUCCUGAGCCAAGAGGCUGAGAUUUCUCCGCCUUUGUCUAGGUCAGUUCCGACCACAGGGCCUUGUGCCCGGAGACUCCCAAAACAUGUUCACAUUUGAGUUUAAGUGACCCAUAAAAACCCAGGACACUGUGUGUGGAGACAAAGGGAGCAACCUAGCGGGAAGCACUUUGUGGGUUUGGUCCCAGUGGGUUGGGGGCUUGUUGCUUUGGGUGGUUGGUCUUUUUCUUCUACGAUUUCUGGCAGUUUGUUACAUGCUUUUGGUCAUAGUACUUUUCUCGGACACACGUUAAAAACGC